AUGUUCCCCGCGACGGCCGUGAUCGGCCGCCCCGGGGAGGCGCAGCCCGUCGGCGUCUACGCUCUCAAGGCAUACAGGGUCGAUCCCUCGGACGCGGUCGCAGGCUUUGCGACUAACCUCGGAUUCUCCGCCAGCCCCAACGGCGUGAAGACCCUCUGCUUCACAGUGCCAGCCAAGGACAGCGCCGCGCCCGCCGCGGGCCGGCGGCGCCUGCGGCAGCAGGCGGGCGCGCCUGCGGGGGCCGUCGACGUGUCCGGGCCGCUCAACGUGAAUUGGGCGCACGGCGCCAGCUCAGCGCUCGCCGUGCACACCGACAAGGGCAGCGCGGUCCUGUCGCUGCAGGGCGGCGGCGCCGCGGCCGCGGGCGCCGGCGGCCCGUCCGCCGAGCGCGCGGCCGCCGUGCUGAUUGCGCACGGCGCGCUGAUGGCGGCGGCGUUCCUCCUGCUCAUGCCCGCGGCCGCGAUCGCCGCGCGCCACAAGUGGCUGUCAGGCGCGCCGGACGCCACCGUCGGCGGCCGCGUGCGCGGCGGGUGGUUCCAAGCGCACCGCAGUAUGCAGAUCCUGGCCCUCAUGGCGGCGAUCACCGCGUUCAUCGUAAUCUUCCAGACAAACGGCUGGCUGCCCGGCGGCCCCGGCUUUGAAAUCUUCUCGGCGCACCGCGCGCUCGGCAUUGCCACGUUCGCGCUGGCGCUGGCGCAGGGCGCCCUCGGCGCCGCGCGCCCGGCGCUGGGCGCGGCGCCGUCGCCGCGGCGGCUGCGCUGGUACGGCGCGCACGCGGGGCUCGGGUGGUCUGUGAUCGCCCUCGGGACCGUCACCUGCUACCUCGGGAUCGCGACGCUCUCAACCUUGGGCACCACGCAGGACGUCAUGUCAGCAUGGCUGGGCCCCGCGCUCGCGGUCACCAGCACGCUGCUGCUGCUCGGCGGUGCCCUCGAGCUCCGCAAGUGGCGGCUGCAGGCGAGCGGGCGCUACGACCCGCUGACUCAUCAGGUGCACGCGCCGGGGCACGUCGGCAAGGCCGGCAUCCCGAUCACCGCCGCCGCGCCCGCGGGCGCCGCGGCGUGA